AUGCAGGCUCCAGAGGGUGUGCAGAUCGACCUGGGCAAGGCCCAGGUCAUCGACAGUGUCCCCAAGGUGAUCAAAGAAGUGAAGUUUGGUGUCUUAUCGACUAAUGACAUUGUCGGCCAAGCGGUGGUGGAGGUUUCCGAUCGAAAGUUUUUCGAGCUGGAUCAGUCCCGAUCUGUUGUCGCGAAUGGACCUCUUGACCAGCGCAUGGGAAUUUCCAACAAAACUGACCUUUGCGCAACAUGCGGAAACAACCUCAAAGACUGCAACGGUCACUUCGGCCAUGUGAAGCUGGUUCUGCCGUCCUUCCACGUCGGUUACUUCAAGCGCGUCAUUGGGAUCCUUCAGGAGAUUUGCAAGGAAUGUUCGAACAUUUUGCUACCCGAAGCUGAGCGCCGCUCCUUCCUCCGGGACAUGCGCCGCCCGGGCCUCGAUAACCUGCGACGGACACAGAUCGCGAAGCGCAUCAACGACCGGUGCCGGAAAACUCGUGAAUGUCCAUACUGCGGAGCGAUCAAUGGUGUUGUGAAGAAGACCGGCACCAGUGCCCUGAAGAUCACUCAUGACAAAUUCCGUGCUUUCAAUGUCUCGACUUCUGUGAAGAAGCAAGCGCCGAUCAGCAAGGAUGUUUUCGACAACUCUUUCCUUGAGGCCAGAAGCGCGAAUCCAGAGGUCGAAAAACAUUUCAAGAAGGCGCAGGAUGAUAUGAACCCCCUUCGUGUUCUUAAUCUGUUCAAGAGAAUGUCCGACUCGGACUGUGAAUUGAUUGGCAUGAACCCAAAGGAGGCUCGUCCGGAGAUGUUCCUGUGGCAGUUCAUUCCCGCUCCACCGGUUUGCAUUCGACCUUCAGUAGGACAAGAUGGUGCGUCUACUGAAGAUGACUUGACUGCCAAGUUGGGCGAUAUUGUGCAAAGCAACAUCAACCUAAAAAAUGCUCUGCUUAAGGGUGCGCCAGUUCAGACAAUCAUGGAGUGCUGGGACUACAUGCAGCUUCAAAUUGCUGUCUACAUCAAUAGUGACGUGCCCGGUCUCAACAAAGCCGACCUCGGAAAACCGAUUCGGGGUUUCGUCCAACGCUUGAAGGGUAAGCAGGGUCGUUUUCGAGGUAAUCUGUCAGGAAAGCGUGUCGACUUCUCUGGUCGUACUGUCAUUUCACCCGACCCAAACUUGCGAGUCGAUGAGGUUGCGGUUCCGGAACUGGUCGCAAAGAACAUGACUUAUCCUGAACUUGUGACCAGAUACAACAAGGAGAAGCUGAGGCAACGUGUCUGCAAUGGCGCCAACAAAUGGCCUGGAGCGAACUUGGUCAUCAAGAAAGGAUCCGGCUUCCGACAGAUGUUGAAAUACGGCAACCUCGAGCAAAUGGCUAAUCAGCUGGAAGAAGGUGAUCUGGUUGAGCGGCAUAUUGAAGACGGCGACAUUGUGCUGUUCAACCGACAGCCGUCCCUGCACAAACUUAGUAUCCUAUCUCACUUUGCCAAGGUUCGACCUCAUAGGACCUUCCGACUGAACGAGUGUGUCUGUAACCCCUACAACGCCGAUUUCGACGGAGAUGAGAUGAAUCUACACGUGCCACAGACAGAAGAAGCCAGGGCAGAGGCGAUGGAGCUAAUGGGCGUGAAGAACAACCUUGCCACACCCAAAAACGGAGAGCCCAUCAUUUCCGCCAUUCAAGAUUUCAUCAGUGCCGCCUACGUACUGAGUAGCAAAGACAACUUCUUCAAUCGCGCUGCAUUCUCACAGAUCUGCCUUUACAUGCUUGGUCCUGAAACAAGAUUCGACCUUCCACCACCUUCAGUCCUGAAGCCCCAGAUGCUUUGGACUGGCAAACAAGUUUUCAACAUUCUCAUGCACCCCAACAAAGAUGAUCCCGUGCUGGUCAACUUGGAUGCUGCAUGCCGUGAGUUCAAGAUGCCAAAGGAUGGUCGUCCCAAGGACUUAGAUCCCAAUGAUGGUUGGCUCGUUAUCCGCAACUCGGAGGUCAUGUGUGGCGUGAUGGAUAAAUCUACGAUUGGUUCCGGAAAGAAAGACAAUGUUUUCUACAUCAUGCUCAGAGAUUAUGGACCUCCUGCUGCCGCAGAGGGCAUGAAUCGUUUAUCCAAACUUUCGGCACGAUGGUUUACCAACAUCGGCUUUUCCAUUGGCAUCGGAGAUGUUUACCCCAGCGCAGGGCUCGUUCAAUCAAAGAACGAUCUUGUGGAGGCAGCUUACGCCAAGUGUGACGAAGUCAUUGCUAAAUACAAGGCUGGGACUCUGGAGAAGUACCCUGGAUGUGACGAAUUGCAGACCAUGGAGAACCAGAUUUCUGGUAUUCUCAGUAAGGUCCGUCAACAAGCUGGUGACGAGUGUAUUCAACAGCUUAGCAAGUACAACUCGCCCCUGAUCAUGGCUACGUCUGGAUCCAAGGGUUCCAGUAUCAACGUGUCCCAGAUGGUUGCUCUUGUGGGUCAACAAAUUAUCGGCGGUCAGCGUGUCCAGGAUGGAUUCCAGGAUCGUACGCUACCUCAUUUCCCGAAGAACGCACGACAGCCUCCGUCCAAGGGUUUCGUGCGCAACAGUUUCUUCUCCGGUCUCGAACCACAAGAGUUCAUUUUCCACGCCAUGUCCGGUCGUGAAGGUCUAGUCGAUACCGCCGUUAAGACCGCCGAGACUGGAUACAUGUCUCGUCGUUUGAUGAAAUCUCUUGAGGAUUUGUCGUCUAUGUAUGAUGACACGGUCCGCAACUCGUCCGCCGCCAUCGUCCAGUUCCAGUAUGGCGAUGACAAGCUGGACCCGGUGGAUAUGGAGGGCAAGGCCAAGCCUGUCCAUUUCGACCGAACUUUUAUUCACUCGGAAUCCACGACAUAUGACAAUGACGAGCGAAGCUUGUUGCCGGCUGAGAUCAUGGAGGUUUGCGAAGAAAUGCUCUCAAAGGAACGUGCCAAGCUUCGGCGUAAGGACUUGCUCGGCAAUGACCUGGAGUACAUGGAUCGCAGUGACCAUGGUAUCGAUCAGCUCGAGAGCGCGCGUGAUUUCCUUGACUCUAUCCAAGAAUACGUGCAAAACAGAGCCGACAAGCUGACUUCUCGUGGGGGUGAUAUUGAUCCUUCCGAUCAGCGGAGCCGAAAGGCUUUGGACCACACGGGAAAGCUGACAGAAACCACGCUGAGGGCCUUCAUCACUGCCUGUCUGCUCAAAUACAAAAAGGCCCAGGUUGAGCCCGGUCAUGCCGUCGGUGCCGUCGGUGCCCAAUCCAUCGGUGAGCCAGGAACACAGAUGACACUGAAAACUUUCCAUUUCGCCGGUGUUGCUGGAAUGAGUAUCACACAGGGUGUUCCUCGUAUCAAGGAAAUUAUCAACGCCUCGAAGGAGAUCAGUACUCCUGUCGUGUCUUGCGAACUGGUCAAUAAAGAAAGCACCAUCGCUGCCCGCAUUGUCAAAGGACGCAUUGAGAAGACUUUCCUCCAAGACGUUAUUCACUCUAUCACGGAGUACUGGUCCCCCUCUGAUGCAUAUCUGAAGGUUGUUUUGAAUUGGAAGACAAUUGAAGAUCUGGCACUGGAAAUCACUACGCCACAGAUUGUCGAAGCGAUCAAGACUAGCAAGCGCUUCAAGGGAACCGACCUCAAAUUCUCAUGCAAACAGGCUUCAAUCAAAGUGCACAUGGAUCUCGAUCCGGCUAGCAAGUCAUCUCUUUCCAAGACGGAGAUUGCCGCCACCAGCGCCGAUCCCUUCCUGCGCCUGAAGCACUUGAAACGUCUCCUUCCUCAGAUUCAGAUCCUGGGUCAUCCACGUGCCACCCGUGCUAUCAUCCGCACAGACGAAACUUCUACCACCAACACUUUGCUCGUGGAAGGCUACGGGUUGAAAGAGUGCAUGACUACGAUGGGUGUGGACGGUCUUCGAACCCGCACUAACAACAUCAUGGAAGCCAGAGAUGUUCUCGGCAUUGAAGCCGCUCGAACUACGGUUGCUGUGGAAAUCAGCGAAGUCAUGAAGGACAUGGACAUCGAUCCUCGUCACAUGCAACUUCUGGCAGACGUGAUGACGUACAAGGGCGAAGUACUGGGUAUCACUCGUUUCGGUCUCGCCAAGAUGCGUGACUCGGUGCUUCAGCUUGCUUCGUUCGAGAGGACCUCUGAUCACCUUUUCGAUGCGGGUGGUGCUGGUCGCACCGAUCUCAUCGAGGGUGUUUCGGAAUGUAUCAUCAUGGGCAAGACCGUGUCACUCGGUACAGGCGCUAUGGAGGUGGUUCGCAAACUUAACUUCUACAAGGGCGAGAUUGGACCGCGGAAGACGGUCUUUGAAGAUGCCUGGACUGAACACUGCGACGAACCACUGGUUCGGAGGCCUAAGCAGAGGGUCCGGUAG